AUGGCGGCGGCGGCGGCGGAGGGCGGUGAGGCCGUGGCGGUGCAGAAGGCGCUGCAGGCGGUGGCGGAGGGCACGGGGUGGACGUACGCCGCCCUCUGGCGCCUGUGCACGCGCCAGGGGGCGCUGGUGUGGGCGGAGGGGCACUACAACGGCGCCAUCAAGACGCGCAAGACCACCGUGGCGCCGGGCGGCGGUGGCGAGGAGGAGGAAGAGGAGGAGGGGACGGCGGCGCGGCGGCGGCGCAGCCGGCAGCUGCGGGAGCUCUACGACUCGCUGGCGGCGGGGGCGGAGGCCGACGGUGGUGGAGGAGGAGGAGGUGGCGGAAGCGGCAGCGGCAGGGAGGACGGCGCCGUCGUGGCUCGCCGGUCGAGCGCCGCGCUGGCGCCGGAGGACCUCUCGGAGACGGAGUGGUUCUACCUCAUGUGCGGCUCCUACUGCUUCCCUCCGGGCCUCGGGUUGCCUGGGGAGGCAUUUGCAAGGAGAGGUCAUGUGUGGCUCAGUGGGGCAAACAAAGUUAACAGCAAAGUGUUUUCAAGGGCAAUCCUUGCCAGGAGUGCAGGUAUCCAGACAGUCGCAUGCAUUCCAGUUAAUGAGGAUGGUGUCCUGGAAAUUGGAACUACAGAGAAGGUAGAUGAAGACAUUGGUUUAAUUGAGUAUGCUAGGAGCAUCUUCAUGGAUCAACAUGGCAUUCCCAUAAUGCCUACCCUCUCAGGGCAUUCAACUUCCACCCCAUCCACACACAUCAAUCAUCAGCCAUCCCAAAUAAAAAUAGAAAAAUACAUUGGCGGCAGAAAUGUACGGCCUAAUAAUCUCAAUCCAGAAGAGGAGCACAUUGAAACGGAAGAUGACAACCACAUGAUUGAUUCAGAAACCAAUACUGAAAAUGAUUCAUGCCGGCAUCUGCCGCUGGGCAAUGUGGGCAAUGGUCAGGCAGGGCCCAAUGCACGGAGCAGUGAUGAACCGAUGCAGAUUGAGACGUCGGAAAGCUUAAGGGAUGGUUGCACAAACCACGUGGAUGAAGAGAUCCCAAUGCUCAUGGCUUGCCAGAACGGUGAUCAUCCAGAACAGGAUGAAUUAGGUUCAUGGCAUUUUCUCUAUGAAGACCUAAUGAACAAUAAAUGCCUACAAUCCUCAGCGGCACAAGACCCAGCAGUACUAGCCGAAAACGCGCACUACAUCGAAGCAGUCCUGACAAUCUUACGGCACAACGCGUGCCGGCAAGCGCAAGCAGCGGCCUCGAACACCAGAACCUACGACCUGGCGAUAUCCAAGAACUCACCAUUCUCAAGAUGGAACCCUAAUAAAGGAACCAGCGAUCUUCAGAGGAUGCUGAUCUCUGAAGGCACCCCACAGAGAAUGCUCAAGAGCAUCCUGUUCACCAGUGCCCCUACUAGAUGCAGCAGUCACCAAAGGCACAGAGGAGAGGCCACCCAGUCACCGGAGGAGCCCGCCGGCAGGGACGACGGCGACGGCACCGGCCGGUCACGGAGAGGACAAGGACAGGCCCAGGCUGAGCUGAGUGCCAGCCAUGUUCUCAAGGAGCGGCAGAGGAGGGAGAAGCUCAAUGAGAGGUUCAUUAUCCUCCGGUCGCUUGUGCCGUUCGUGACGAAGAUGGACAGGGCGUCGAUCCUGGGCGACACGAUCGAGUACGUGAAACAGCUGCGGCGACGCAUCCAGGACCUGGAGUCAUUACGAGCCUCGAAGGAGAAGAGAGCUCAGAGCACGAGCUCGGCGACAAUGGCGGAGGCGUGGAGUAAGGUGAGAGCCGUGGAAGCGAGCAGCAGCUGCAGCACCAGCGGCGCGGGCAGGCCGGCGUCGGUGGCGAGCACGGAGGUGCAGGUGUCCAUCAUCGAGAGCGACGCGCUGGUGGAGCUCCGGUGCCCGCGCAGGGACGGGCUCCUGCUCCGGGUCAUGCAGGCGCUGCACCGGGAGCUCGGGCUGGAGGUCACCUCCGUCCAGGCCUCGUCGGCCGGCGACGUCCUGCUCGUGGAGCUGCGCGCAAAGGUGAAGGAGGUGCAUGGGGGGAGGAGCACCAUCAACGAAGUGAAGAGAACGAUCCAUCUAAUCAUCUCAUCGUCAGGCUAAUGUGUAACAAAUAUCCAUGACAGUUGUGUAAUAAAUAGUAGAAA